UUAGGAGGGAUAUGGGCCAAACGCAAGCAAGUGGGACUAGUUUGAUCUGGGAACGUGGUCGGUGAGGACUAGUUGGACCGAAGGGUCUGCUUCUAUACUGUAUGCCUCUGACUCUGAACUGACACGCUCAGAUAUAUAAAAUGGUGGCUAAAUUUGUACUGUAUGUUGUUUUACUGUGAGCUGUUUGUUGACUGCCUUCCAGUGAUCUAUAGACUUUAUUCCCGUUUGCUGAGUAAGCAUUGAUACUUGCCUUCUCCUUUCAGUUGGCCAAUGCUAUUUAUAAUCGGUUCUAAGGGCGACACCGAGAUUGGUAAAUUGUCACGAGACGUGAUGAACAAAACUUGAGGAAAGGCAGUUUAGACUUUUAAAAACACAUUAGUGACCAGGUUGACACAGUAAUAAUAUGCAGUUGAACUACAGCAAAAAAAAAGAUGCUAAAAGUUGAACUCGAUGAUACACUGAAACCUGCCUAUAUAAAGCAGCAAAGUCUGGCAGCCUCUUCCAGAUGCUUUUAUCUGAGUUAAACAAGCAGCGGAUCCAGACUGGAACCAGCUUCUCGUUGCUCAUAUUCGUAUUGAUUGUAAUUUUCCUCAUUGGAAUUUGGAAUAUAUAUUUUUGAAGUAAACCGUCUUUUUAAGAAGUUUAAGAAGAGGCAAAUCAGCUUUUCAAAUAUAUAAGGGAUUGAAUUCGCUGCUUAUCAUACAGCGUCAGUAAAUACAUGUAAUAGUGAGAAGGCCAACAUUCUGGCAAAAUGAUGCUCUAACGGUGGAUUCCCAGUUACCUAACACGAUAGGCGAAAGUGGACGGGCAUUAAGACCGGUGGGAGCGCCGCUGUUGGAGAAUAUCAGCGCUGCCGAUUUACAAGAAACCCCUCAGUGUCUUAAAAAGACAGGAGUGUAGUCACCUGGUGGUCAAGGGCAGUAAAACACAAGUGAAUCAGCCCUUGUCUGCUACAGAUGCUCCUUUCUGCCUACGCUUCCUGCUCUAUCGCUUUGCUGAGAAUGUUAAAAUUAGAGCAUUUCCUCUGGCUCCCUGGUAUUAUCUUGUGAAUAUUCUCAGCUGUCAGCAGUUUCAGUUUGAAGUCAGCUCUCUGGGUAUUGUUUCGAACCGCAGCCGGCAAAAUUGAUCAUGCUAAUGGCUUACAGCUGAUCAGAUAUGAAAUGAGAUACUACAUCAGCAUAAUGGAGAAAGGCUCUCACCAGCUACUGUACUCGCCAGUUUAAGUAUUUGUGUUCCUGUAAAUUGCCGCAUGAUGCCAUACAAGGGAGAUGGUUGUUAAUGAUGCAACGAUUUUCUGGCAUUUAGUUUCUUACUGAAGAAAUUCUCUCCUUUCCCGAAAGAGGAAUUUUCAUUUUGGUUAUACAAGACGUGAUCUGCUGGCGAGGAACGUUAUCUGCUUUUGCAAAAGAAAUCCUGGGGAAGAAAAGUGUUUUUUUUUAACACUGGAGGCGUGAUCUAUGGGAAUAAGACUGAGCGGAACCCGAGCUCGGCGAAGGACGAUGCUGAGUUUGAGCUGGGAAUUGGAAGUCUAGAUUUUCCAACUUUCUACUUCUUCGUUUCUGUUUCUCGUCUGCAAUUUGAUACACCAAUCCUGGACUCCAAAGAGUUAAAGAUGACAAGGGAACAAUAUAUCUUGGCAGCACAACAUAACAACCUACAGAGACCUGAAAAUCAACAAGUUUAUCAAGUAGGAAUUUAUGGUUGGCGAAAGCGGUGGCUAUACUUUUUUGUGCUCCUCCUAAUGGUGACAAUGAUUGUCAAUCUUGCAUUGACAAUAUGGAUAUUGAAAGUAAUGAAAUUCUCUGUGGAUGGAAUGGGUAACCUGAAAAUCACAAAUAAAGGGGUACGGCUGGAAGGCAAAUCCGAGUUCCUCCUUCCAUUAUAUGUCAAAGAAGUUCACUCACGAAAGGACAGCCCACUGAUGUUGCAGUCUGACAGGAAUGUAACCGUGAAUGCUCGCAAUAACCUUGGACAGAUUACCGGGCAGCUGACAGUUGGUUCUAAUGCUGUGGAGGCCCAGUGCAGAAAGUUUGAAGUGAAAGCACAGGAUGGCAAGAAGUUACUGUUUUCUGCAGAUGAAAGUGAAAUUGCCAUUGGCGUUGACAAACUGCGCGUGACAGGUCCAGAAGGUGCAGUGUUUGAACAAUCAGUGGAAACACCUCACAUCAGAGCCGAAUCCUCACAAGAACUCAAGCUGGAAUCUCCAACUAGGACUCUGACAAUGGAAGCCCCAAAGGGAGUACACAUUACUGCAGCUGAAGGAGACCUCAAGGCAACCUGUCGAAGAGAAUUACAGCUCCAGUCUACAGAUGGGGAGAUAUUUUUAAAUGCAAAAACAAUCCGAUUGGGAAACAUCCCCCAGGGCUUCAGCUCUUCGCCCUCAGCCAGUCCUUUGAACCUACGGCAGACUGUCUAUGAGGUGUGCGUGUGUCCCAAUGGCAAACUCUUUCUAUCUCCAGCAGCGUCGGGUUCCACCUGCCAGUCGAACAGCAACGUCUGUUUGCGGAUUUAAGCCCGUGGACGCACUGAUGAUUCUACCACCGUAAAAGCCUUUUGGUACUAUCCCUUUGGCAUCUGUUUUGACUCUCCUGUUGAAUCAGGAACUACAAUGACGAUACAAAGACUCUGCUGCCACACGGUAGGAAAAUGUGGCUACACUUCAAAUGGGAAAUGGACCAGUCGGUGUGUAAACUGUCGCUGAGGAGAUAUGAUUCUACUCGGAGACUCUAGAUACUAACCCUUACCAGAGAGAGGGAGAAAUACACAGGUGCCUUUGCUAAUCUAAGUAAAGCACAUAGUUUUUUUUAUUGUUAGCAGGACCUGAUUAUGAGAGAAUUGAAUAUUUAAUAUCACAAAUACUAUAUUAAGUAAUUCCCCAGAACUUUAUUUCCCCUUUCAACGUCUAAAUGUGCUUUGGUUUUACCAUAUAGUAAACUGGAGUUCAAAUAAUUCCUAAGUUGCUUUGAUUGAGCCUUUAAAUAUCAUUUGGUAUUUGCAUGUCCUUCAUUUGGAAAGGAAUGGACCAAUUGUUCAUUCUUAACCCAUUUUUGAAAGAAAUCAUACCACCUCAAAAACUCUCCAGAAUCUCUCAUUAAUGAUGGUAAAAACAUGGUUUUCUAUUACUGUUUUGUUUUGUGUGUGAGAUGUGGUAUAAACCAAAGAAUUGUCCAUGUGAUGUAAAUUCCAACCUGCACAAUGCAGCUGCUAUUAAAGAGCAAGUCAGCAUCUAGAGAUUCUUAAGGACUUGUUAGCGGGAUGAGCAAACAUCCACUUCAUAGAUUGAGUAAAAAAACAGGCAGGAGAUAUUAUCUGGUCAAAACUCUGGCCAGUAUAUGCAGGGCCAGCCCCAAUCAAGACCGAAUUUCAGAUGUUUAACGUGUUAUUUUCUCCCUGAUGAAUUGAACAAUGUAGUCCCGAACUGAGCAAAGUUUGGUUUGGCCUGGUUCAAGUGAUCCACUUAAUUUCAACCUUGGAUGUACGCUCAUCCCGAAAGGACAUCACAGGUAAUCUUUUAUGUGUUACACCAGGCCUGCUAGCCAUUUUCCUUGCUUUCUUUACUGAUCUCAUUAAAGUACAUUUUCUUUACGUAUGAGAAAUUUAAUCUGAAUGAUAAAGGAAACUAUUUUCUUACACAUUCUAUGCAAAUGUUUGUAAAAUUGCAAUAUUGCCAAAAUGACAAAAGCUGUGCUUUUGUACCUUAUGUCUCUUGCUUUAUGUAAAAUUAAAACACUUUUCUACUUAUAAGAAAUGAGCUGUAUGUCUUGUUAACUGUAGCUAAGGGUUAUUAGCCCACUUGUCAAACUUACCGUACCCUUAUGAAUUAAAAAAAAGUUUGAAAAGUUGUCAGUUAAAUUAUUUUUAACCUCCAGAGCAAAAACAUAAAACAGAUUUGGCUACAGUUUCUUCCAGAAAAAGCAGCUGCCUUCAAAAUAAGAUGUUGCUGGGAAUCAACAGACCCAUGGUCAGCUAGGUGUGAGGUAGGAUUCUACAGACUGUUUGCAGAGAGGCUGACAUCCAUUGGUCAUUGGCAAGCAUUUAAAAUGUUUUACAUUCGUGGUAAUGUUCUUCUACAAUGGGCUAAGUGAAGGGUAGAUAAGCCAAUGGAUUUUGAUAAGUACUUUUUCAUAAGACUGACUUGGUGCAUUCCUAAAAAUGGGAAUGUUUAUCUCUCCAUGCUGAUAAUAGUGAAAAGAAAAAGAUGUAAAACAGUUCACAAAUAGCUAUUUAAGAAUUCUUUAAGUUAAUAAUUCUAAUACACAUGAUUAAGCACAGAUAAAACUCAAACUUAGUUUCAGUUUGAACUUGUGUGCCAUUCUCAUUCUUUGAGACUCUUUGAGACUCUUAUCCAAAAACAAUGGAGGAAAUUUUAAUUUCCCUAAAUCAAGUUGGUUUGGGCCAGGUGGGACUUUAAAACUAAAUGUUAAAAUCAGAAUCUCAUCUAAAAUCUGGCACAUCCUGUUCCAGUGGAAGCAGGAUAGCUAGAGUAAUGUGGAGGCAAUCAGUGCACUCCCAGGAGACAGAUUGGCAAUUUAAACUUCAUGAUAAGGCUGCAUGCCUCCAUAUUUAUUAACAAUUUAAUUUUAACCCUGACUGGGGCAAUUCUCCAGGCCAUGAAGAAAUCUGUCAUUUUGAGAGAAUACUGGAAUUCCAACUGGAAUGCUGGAUGCAGGAGUUAAGUGACUUUCCACUUACCUGCUCAAUCCUGUUCAUUUGCUCCACCCAACUUCAGAACAAUCUUCCUUCUUAUCUUCAAGUUCAUAUCCAGCCCAAUGUUUUGCUCAAAAUUCAUUAUGAACUUAUCAAAACUUUAAUACUUUUAUUAGGUGAGGUGAUAAUGGCUUGGUUAUGCCUCAUUAGCCUGGAAUUACGGUAUGGUGGCAAUUUAUAAGGAGCCUGAGACAUACAGACGGGAUUCAGGCAGACUUACAAUGAAAUGUACGUGCUGAACCCAAUCUUGCAAGGUCAGUUCAUUAAACUGUUUCAAUUAGGUACCAAUUUGGAUCUAUGUAGGCAGUACACUAGGGACUGAUUUUCUGUUUUAAAUGAUCAAUCGGUUUCAGAGCUAAUCUGGGAGGCAUGAUUUAAUUCAGUAAAAUGGAACAUCCCAAAUUAAAAAGGGUCUAGCUAAAUUUGAACAUCAAGCUACAAUAUGGUCAAUAUAACCAAUGAGAUAUUAGUUUUGCAUGCAGUUUCUAUACCAUAAAAUGCUGAUACCAUUAAUGAUAAAUUCAGCUGGACUUUGGAAUCUACUAAUCACAAUCCGUAUCAUCAAACUAACUCUUAAAACAAAUGUUGCCCAUCUUAAAUACUAUCUUUUUAAAAAAAUAUUGCAUUGCACAUUUAGAAACAAGUUCCAUUCAGAACCUACGCAGCACAACUUUUCAAACUUGGUAUUUAAUUCCAUAAGUUUAUUACUGUGUUUUGGUACUUGACUUUGUGACUAUGCAUAUAUACAUUUCAGGGUGAAAUAAUUUGAAAUGAGUGAGCCUUUUCGUAAUGAUACUGAUAAUCCAUUACGGUUUCACUGGUCUCCUGCUAUGAUUACUGAAACAAUCGGAAUAUAACAGGGAAUAUACUAGAGCUAUACGGUGGAUCAUUGGUUCACAUCAGAGACCUGGCUUCGACCCCAGCCUUGGAUGACUCUGUCUGUAUAGAGUUUGCACGUUCUCCCUAUAUCUGUGCGGGUUUCUUUUGGGUGCUCUGGUUUCCUCCCACAGUCCAAAGAUGUGCAGGUUCAGUGAAUUGGCCAUGCUAAAUUGCCCCAGUUGUAUCCGGAGAUGGGCAGGCAUGGGAAAUACAGGAUUACUGGAGUGGGGUGAGAGAAUAGUUGGGCUGGGAUGCCUUUUGGAGCAUUGAGGCAGAUUUGAUGGCCCAAAUGGCCUCUUUUUGCAAUGUAGGGAUUCUAUAUUACAGUAGGACUUCACUAUUUCCAGAUUUUUCAAACACUGCUGUGACAGGCAGAAACAAAUAUCACCGGAGGGAGGGGUAAUGGUGGUGGGCAAGCAGGGAGCAGAGAUUUUCUUCACUGGGAAUUCAAACUUCCGGGCACUAAGCUUACAUUGAAGGUGGGUACAAUGAUGGGAAAAGGAAGUAGACUGCAGAAAGGUGAAAGUGGACUCCACCAGGUGGAAGACAUCCUGGGUCAAUCUAGCUUAUACAGCAGGCUUAGGGAGAGAUUGACCAGGAUUGGCCAGGAAUGGACGAAAGUAAUGAGGGCUUUGCAAUUUGUUCCCACACCUCUAACCAUUCUCCAUAGAGAGGAGACAGUGCUAGCAUGGGACAGGUAAGACCUAGAGAUGUACACUUGCCUGCUUGACCCAUGUAAGUAAAGUGCACUCCCACUAAUUCCACAAACGACAAUAGGUUCAGGGUUGAAAGGAACCAGUGGAUGUCAUUGAAUGUUAUUCUAACAAUGAAUUACCCUCUAAAGAUAGGACCUGGAAAGUGAGCCUUUUAUAAACAGUCAGUAAAGUUCCUGUACAUGUUCUUGUCAUUUGUUUGUUACCCUGAUAAAUAAACGUAUAUAAGCAUAUUCAACAGAACUGAAUUGUGUUAGAAUAGGUUGUUGAGCAAGCGUUUUAGUUCAUUAUUUAUGCUACUUAAUAAAAGUAACUAAUCUAUGUAUAUAUUAACUUUUUUAGUCACUCAUGUAAAUUUGUAACAUUUUGUAUAAAAAUUAACUAAAAUUUUCAAAAAUAUAUGUACAGUAUACAUUGUAUCUAAUAGGAAUACCUAUGUCAGCUGGCAAUAACAAACAAGAAGGUAUGCAGCUAUCAUAUAAUUGUAAGCACUUUCUAGUAAAUGAGAGUUGUACAAUAAUAUGGGAAAAUAAGAUGGGAGAAUAUUAAGAUGCACAAAAGCUUCACACUUUUCCUGUUUGUUAAUGCAUUUGGAUUCAGUCUACCUGGUCAAUUAAAUGCAGAAAAAUUAAAAAA